AUGGAAAGACCAAAACAUGAGGAACAAGAAUACUACCCUAGGAUCAUCGAUUAUUCAUUCGAAAGCAUAUUCAGAGAAUUCCUUCAAAAUGCUGAUGACGUCGGAGCUACUCAGUUUCAUGAACCUGAUUUUGAAUCGCUCAUGCAGUUACGUGUUGGUGGAAAACAAGACGAUUGGGAAGCAUGGAUUAGCGGAGAUUAUAUUGCGUUUUUGGAUCCUCAAGAGAAAUUCUUGAGACAACGUGGAAUAAUAGGCCAUUUCCCAACAAAUGGCAUUGAGGGGCUUUCUGAAAAGGACAGUUUGGUCCCUUUUGAAGGCAUCGAGAGCAUCAAUUUUCGUUCGAAUUUUAAAGGAACACACUUUCGAAUCCCAUUUCGAAGGGAAGCAAAGGUUUUAUUUGAAGAGCAAGAUCCUGAAAAUUCUCAAUUACAACAAUAUGCGCAACGAUUUCGAUUACGCGUAUUAGAUGGCGUUGCAAGACCACUUGAAAAUUCGAAGGCAAGAUGCUCAGACCGUGCAAUGCUACUGAUUGAAAACACGGAUUUAGAUCAACUGAAACUCAGUUUGAACAGGCAUAUUUGUGCCAAAACUUCAUCGCAAACUUCUAAAAGAAGCCAUCAGUUUAAACAUUACGUACUGAAAUAUAUGUUACAAACCGAAACUAUCUUGUUUAAUGAUAGCUCAGAAGAAGAAGUAAAUGACCAUGUGAAUAAUUUCUUCGAGUGUUUGUUAAGACAACAAUCAUUAGUUCGCUUAUUUCCUAUUUGUCCAAUAUUCGAAUUCAAUUCGGAGAUGCUUUUAAAACAGCUUCGUUCGGAUAUUUAUUGCCAACUUCCGUUUGCUGGUAUCAAACAAGAAUUUCAACAAUUUAUUUUUGUGGAUGUUGAAUUUUCUAGAGAAUCCAAUGACUCUUACGUUCGCUUCCUAAAUAGCGUACUUAAUUAUUAUGAUGUCGUUCAAGGAUUAAAGGAUAAACGCUGUUUUUCCAAUUCAAAUACAAGGAUUUUAAAGAAUAUUACAGAUUUAUUCGACCCCAACAAUUCAGUUUUGUUAGGUGGAAACAGAAACACGGACGUCUUCCUUAAUUCCGGUAUAUUAGAACACACCGAGAGUUUAUCAAGUAUCGAAUUACAAAAUGUGCCGGAACCUCCAUCUGACAUACUCUAUCGAGGCUACAUUGGUUUAAAAUUUUACUUGGAAAACAUCAGAAAAGUACCAAUCUUUCCAGUUGCUAAAGUUUGGGCGAACCUUACGACAAACACUAUUAUCACACUCACGACACUCAAGAAUUUUUGGUUGUUUAUCCUUUCCAAGUAUAGAGAUGUCGCGUGGAGUAAAAUUCAAACAUUUUCGUUUCUUUAUAAUGACCUCCGGAAUGAUGAUGAAUUGAGGAAUAGUUGGGUCGAUAGAUUCAAGCAUGACGUUUUUGAGGUUUAUAAAUGGCUCGAAUAUGAAACCUCACAUGAGGGUAUCGACUUGUCCAAGUACAUUCGUUUAAAUGAUUCUUUAUUCCUUAACUUUACCAUAGAUCAAAAUCCGUUUAACCGCGAUAAUUGGGUUACUGCUAAAUAUUUAAUUUUAAACCGUGAGCCAGGUGAAGACCAAUAUGUGAAUCCAAUGCUUGCCAGGUAUCCUAAUAUGCUCAAAGGUGCUGGUGUCAGAGAAAUAAAGCCGCUAAUUAUGAAAUACGGGUUAAGCAACAUGAUCAAUCAAGUAUUAACAGAAAAAGAGCAUUGGAAUUUCUAUUAG